CUUUGAGAUUGCAAGAUUCAUUUUUUGUGCAUAUGAUAAUUCAAUGCAAUUCAUAUAUAAACACGACAUACGAUACGAAGAAAUUUUAGACGAGAGAGAGUGUACGAUACGAAGAAAUAAUACACGAAAGACGCGAUUGAAAAGUGCGUCUUCUUCUUCUUUGUGUUUGUAAAACCCUAAGAAAUAAAGAACACCCAAAUCAGACCGAUCUCUUUUUGUUUCUCUCUCUUAAUUCCAUCUCAAGUCAAUCAGACCCGGAUUCCUGAACUCAUCUUUUUCCAAUUUUUCUUGAUCUUCUGAUCAAUCGAUCGAUUUUUAAUUUUCAAUUUCACGCUUUAUCAUUUCUUUCAAACAAAGCCCCCGAUUUUCAAGAUCUUUUGGUGGGAAGUUUGCUUCAUAGUUUUGAAAUUUCGAUGAAGGUAUAAAAAGGGUUUUUGAUUUUGAUAUUUUUAAAAUUGGGCAAGGCUGGCUGGUGUCGAAGACAUGUAAUGGCGGAUCCGCCUGGUGUCCGCCAAGUUUUCUUGCUCGAAUUCGUUGUCGCUCCCGGAGUUGUAUUUUCAUCUUCGUUAUCUAUUGAAUUAGGGUUAGGGUAUUUUGACAUCACAAGUUGUUGUUGCGAUUAAAAGCAUGCUGAGCGUGCUGAGAGUGCACCUCCCGUCCGAUAUUCCGAUUGUGGGUUGCGAGCUUUCGCCCUACGUGCUUCUCCGCCGUCCCGACCAAACUGUCUUCACCGACGAUGUACCGGAAUCCUCACCUAUCGAGGGCCAUUUCUUGAGAUACAAGUGGUAUCGUAUACAAAGCGACAAGAAAGUUGCUAUUUGUAGCAUACAUCCAUCAGAGCAAGCAACUUUACAAUGUUUAGGAUGCGUUAAAGCCAAAAUCCCAAUCGCGAAAAGCUACCAUUGCUCUCCCAAAUGUUUCUCCGAUGCAUGGCAGCACCACCGUGUCCUCCAUGAACGUGCCGCCAGUGCUGUAAACGAAAACGGAAAUGAAGAAGAAGAGAUCUUCGGACGAUUUAACAACAACAACAACACCAAUAAUCAAAGUUUAUCCACUUCACAAUCUCUCCCCACUCUCACAAAUGGUUCAACACCUCUAUACCCUGCAGCUGUGACUCAAAGAAGUGGUGGUGAAACUUGGUUUGAAGUCGGAAGAGCUAAAACCUACACACCAACAGCAGAUGAUAUCGGCCAUGUUUUAAAGUUUGAAUGUGUUGUAGUAGAUGCAGAAACAAAGUCACCCGUUGGACAUGCCAACACCAUAUUAACAUCACGGGUGAUUCCUGCUCCAUCACCGAGUCCCAGGCGGUUGAUUUCAGUCAGUAAUGCUGACGUGGCAGGACAUUUGGAUUUAGAUGGGAGGCUUUCAUCAACAGGAACUUUUACUGUUCUUUCAUAUAACAUUUUGUCUGAUUCAUAUGCUACAAGUGAUUUAUAUGGUUAUUGUCCUUCAUGGGCUCUUUCUUGGCCUUAUCGUAGACAAAAUUUGUUGCGUGAAAUCGUGGGAUAUCGAGCAGAUAUUGUUUGUCUUCAAGAGGUUCAAAGCGAUCAUUUUGAUGAGUUUUUUGCACCUGAGCUUGACAAACAUGGCUAUCAAGCUUUGUAUAAGAAGAAGACAGCUGAAGUUUUUAAUGGAAGUGUUAUGACUAUUGAUGGAUGUGCUACGUUUUUCAGAAGAGAUAGAUUUUCACAUGUGAAAAAAUACGAGGUUGAGUUUAAUAAAGCUGCACAAUCUUUAACUGAUGCUUUGGUUCCUAGUGCUCAGAAGAAAACCGCAUUAAAUCGGUUGGUUAAAGAUAAUGUUGCACUGAUUGUUGUUCUUGAAGCAAAGUUUAGUAAUCAUGGAGUUGAUAAUCCAGGAAAAAGACAGCUUGUUUGUGUGGCAAAUACCCAUGUGAAUGUUCAACAAGAUCUGAAGGAUGUCAAACUAUGGCAGGUUCAUACAUUGUUAAAAGGUUUGGAAAAGAUAGCUGCAAGUGCAGAUAUACCAAUGUUAGUCUGUGGGGAUUUUAAUUCGGUUCCUGGAAGUGCUCCUCAUGCGCUUUUAGCAAUUGGAAAAGUUGACCCAAUGCAUCCCGAUUUAGCAGUUGACCCUCUUGGAAUUUUAAGACCAGCUACCAAAUUGACUCACACUUUGCCAUUGGUUAGUGCAUACUCAUCAUUUGCAAGAAUUGGAGGUGGAAUUGGUUAUGAGCAACAAAAGAGGCGAGUGGAUCCUGCAACAAAUGAACCAUUGUUUACAAAUUGCACAAGAGACUUCAUUGGUACCCUUGACUACAUAUUUUACUCGGCUGAUAGUUUGACUGUGGAAUCAUUGUUGGAGCUUUUGGAUGAAGAUAGCUUAAGGAAAGAUACAGCACUUCCUUCUCCAGAAUGGUCUUCUGAUCACAUUGCACUUUUGGCUGAAUUUCGUUGCAAGCCUCGAACUAGGCGUUAAUUAGUUGGUGGAAAAAAGUUAAAAAGGUGAAGGCUUGAGUUGAAGAUAGAAGUAAAGGGUGAAAGAGAAAGCAUUGUGUAAGAAAAGAAGAGUAGAUGGAUUGAUUUGGAUAGGCAUUUGGGGAAAAAUCUACUUUGUAUCAUGCUAUUACUACUACUAUUACCUUUGUCCCAUAGAAGAAAAAGAGAAUUAAUCAUGUCUUAUUUCUUUUGGUUACUUGUUUCUUUUGAUAGGGAGAAGAAGAUAAUUUAAAAGAAUAUCCGGGGUUCAAUAUAAUUAAUAGGUAAUGCAAAGCUAUAUUUUUCUUUUUUCACCAAA